AUGAAAUUGGAUGAACAAGACACAAUUACAUCCUUUGACCAAUUACAAUAUCAAUUGAGUUUUUAUUUCAGGGACUUGUCAAACAAUGACUUAACAGGAAAAGUACCUGAUUUAUCCAAAUUGUCAAAACUCGAAGUACUAAAUUUGGAGAACAACAAUCUCUCAUGUCCAAUUCCACCUGAACUCAUACGAAGAUUCAAUGAUAGUUUACUAUCAUUAAGUGUAAAAUGCAAUAACGAGAUGGAAAAGAAGGAGAAAAACAAAGUUGUAAUUCCAGUAGUAGCAUCAAUUGGAGGUCUGUUUAUCAUUGCCAUAAUUGCGGGGAUUAUUUUCUGGAUUGCUAGAUCAAAAAGGAAACAAGAAGGUAAUGAUGCCGUGGAGGUGCAUCGUCCAGAAAUCAAGACUAACGUUGGUGACGGUUCUUUGGAAACCAGAAGACGCCAGUUUACUUAUUCUGAAGUGGUGAGAGUGACCAACAAUUUUGUGAGGAUUCUUGGGAGAGGAAGUUUUGGAGCAGUUUACCAUGGGAUGAUGGAUGAUAUUCAAGUGGCUGCGAAGAUGCUAGCCCCGUCAGCAAUACAAAGCCAUGAUCAAUUCAAAGCAGAGGAAUGUUGCUACUCUUCUUAA